GUUUCUAUCACAAAGAGAAGAAGAAUGACCGGAUUUCGUGGCUUCUCCAUUCUCGUGUUCUUCUUCUUCUCCAAUUCAUGGGCAGCAGCAUUCUCGACCGUCGAACCGGAUGACCGGCUGCCCCUACAAGAGGAGUUCGUACGGACGGCUGGGUAUGGAGAGGAGAAGCUGUCGUCCGUGCUGGUCACCGGUACGGUACUUUGCGAGGCUUGCUUACCUGGAGACGUGACGAGUCGUGCAUGGCAUGUGCCAGGUGCUCUGGUUGGUGUCACAUGCAAAAUUGGCGGGAAAAGAAGGAAAUUGAACUGGUCACAAGGGGCCACUGACGAGUAUGGAGACUUCAUCAUUGAUCUUCCUUCCCACCUCCAUGCAAUCCCAAGAUUGGAGAAGGUAUGCACGGCCAGGAUUGUCCGGUUGCCGAAACGCUCCCCCUGCCGACGUGUCCCGGUCAGAAAAACGAGAGCAAUCCAGUUUUCAUCAGUCGGAAAUGGGAUCCGUACUUACACUGCCGGAGUUAUAAAGCUCCAGCAGCAAUCUAAAACCCUGGCACGUGUGUAUCAAGAAAGGAAGAGAAAUUGAACAAGAGAGAUCGUGGUGAUCUUGGCCCACAUGUGGGUGACAUCCAGGCCACACGCUAGAUGGUGUCCCAA